GUGUCUGCCUCGCCCAAGCAAGCAGCAAGCACCCCUGCUGUAUCCGUCUCCUCCUCUCCCUUCCGUAGCCUGUGCCUGCUCUCACAGGGGCAGGGCAGCUCUGCCCGCUCGUACGCACGCAGCUGACUGACAUAGGAGUAGUAAAUUAGUGACAUCGACAGACGGGCGCGACGGAGCACGCGGCGGAUGGAUAUGGCCAAGAACGGGCGCCCAUCAGCUGAGCACACGCCGGUGCGCGCCCCCAAUUCCCCCUCCUCGCCUCAAGUACUCGCCGCGGGAUCCUCGCCGCCGCCGCCGAGGACGAAGAUGGGAAGCUCCUCCGGCGACUUCUUCUUGGCCAGCAGCGCCAACGCCAGGACGACGGCGACGAAGCCUCUGACGAUGUUCUACAACGGCGGCGUCGCCGUGUUCCAUCUCCCCCAAGAUAAGGCGGAGGAUCUCAUGAAGAUGGCGGCGGCCGAGGGAGGCGGGGACGGCCGCCCCGGUCCCCUCCGGCCGAACCACGGCGAGGAGUUGUUGUCCAAGAUGAGACAAGAGAUGCCCAUUGCAAGCAAGAGAUCUUUGCAGCGGUUCUUCCAGAAGCGCAAGGAGAGCAGGAUGUUCAGGCCCUGAUGAUCAGUGGCGUGCAGACAUGCAGAUGGAUGAUGGAUGGAGCAGCUAGCUAUAGUUUUGCAACAUCAGGUGAUCAUGGAUCCACGGUAUAGCCUAUAUAUCCAAUGAAGACGAUGCAGGGCGUGCAUUGUCUAGUUAUUUAUGACUUCAUCAGUAAUUAUAAUGUACCCAUCUAGUAGAGAUCUUGUUGGUCUUGUAAUUACAUGUUAUUAAGACGCUUGGUAUGUA